UUUCUUGUCAUUGGCGUUGCAACAAACAAUUUGCGAAAAAAUCAUUGUCAGACUGUUGUGAAAAAAUUAAACGCAAAACCUUAAAAACUAUAAAAAAAAUAAUACAGAUAACUUAAAUUGAAUAUAGAGUGUUGAUUAUAUGAAAAAGCUUUCAAUGAAUUGAUUUAGUAAUUAUAUUAGAAUAGAUAUGAUUAUUUCUGAAAAAUUGUGUAUGUAAACAAUUUGCGGCAUUAAUCGGUGGUUGUAUGUAUGCGCAUAUCUCCAAUAGCGGAGGCAAACAAAUUGUAUUGCGAAAGUCACAAGAAGAACAAUGGCUUCAUCGACAACUGCAGAGAAUAGGCCACCAAUACUGCAUAUAUUGGUUGUUGGAUUCCAUCACAAAUUAGGCUGUCAGGUCGAGUUCUCGUAUCCACCGCUUAUACAAGGGACAACAGGUAAAAAUGAAUGUCCAUCAGGUUGGAAAUAUUUACCCACUUUAGCGCUACCCGAUGGUUCACAUAACUUUAGCGAGGAUACAGUGUUUUUCAAUUUACCUAGUCUUACUGAACCAACAGAAAGUGUAUAUGGUGUAUCGUGUUAUCGACAAAUACCUAUUGAGAAAUUAGAAAUACGCACAGCAGAUAUGACACGUAGCACUGUACAAAAAUCAAUAGUCAUACUGGCCCGCCUACCAAUUUAUGGUUAUAUAGAGGUGAAACUCUCUUUGAUUGCAGAUGCAUUCUUCGAGAAAGGAGAUUUUUCUUCUACGGAUUUAUUAAUAAAAGCCUAUCAACAACUCAAUGCCUGCCUACUGGACGAUGAAACGCAACGUCCACUUCGUAAUUUUUACGUGGGUUUAUCGUUACGUGAAAUCGUUUUACACUGGCGUCACAAAGUACUCAUACUUUUCAAACUGUUCCUUUUACAAAGACGUGUGGUGUGCUUUGGCUCACCAGUCCGUGGCAUGUGUGUACUUCUGUUGGGUGUCGCAUCAUUAAUACCGCGUCUGCUGGAAAAAGGGUUUCAAGAAGUAGCUUGUGUGCGCACAUCGCGACCCCUAUCGCCAAUGCCAGAUUUCACCGACUCCAUACAACAAGAAGCUGCUGAAUUGAAACAAUGUGUGGAAACGGUGUCAACAAUCGCUUUAGAAAGUAAAGCCAAUGAAGAAAUUGUUGAAGGCGGUUGUGAGGGAGAAAGUGAUAAUGAGAACGGUGGUAGUGGUAGUGGCAGCGGCAGUGCAAACGUUGCUAAUACUGUAGACGAUUGCACUUUGAUAUCGUCUGCAAUGUCGGCAGCGAGUCAAGCGGUUACAGAUGACACAUCCACCAAUACAACAUCAUCGUCACAAUCAAUACGUGAGUUAAAUCGCUUGGACUCGUUAGAGGGUAAUGGCGGUGAAGUUGGAAACAAGCGGUUUGCCCGUAAAGAGUCACUAACCCGUGAAGGCAGUGUAGAUACUUUGGCAUCCGCCCUAUGCACUUUGUCUUCAAUAAAUCCAGAUGAAUAUCGCGCCCCUAUUUCAAUAUUUGCCAGCGGUAAUCUCUUCUUGCCAUAUCUGUCUUUGCCAUAUAUGGAUCUACUUAGUGAUCCUUCUGUACUGAGCUAUGUCAUAGGCACCUCGAAUGUACUAUUCCAACAAAAACGUCAACUUGCCGAUGUAUUGGUAGAUGUAGAAAAUGCCAAUAUUGAUAUGUUAGAUGCAGAGGUACGCCGCCAAUUGGUGUUGAGUACAGAAGAUUUACGUUUCAUGGAUUAUUUGCUGAAACAUGUGCAAUCGCCCAAAGAAGACGCAGAGGGCAGUGAGCAUUGGAUACGUGAUCAGUUUCAAGGCUAUAUACUAGCGUUAUUACGUACUGCAGUUGCUGUUGAUGCUACGGCGAAGGACAACGAACACUAUAACAUGCACUUUAUGCAGGCAUUUAAACGUACGCAAUGUUUCCAAGAAUGGUAUGAUGUGCGUCCUGAUACUGAAUUCUUUGACGCCCUACCCACUGGUCAUCCCUUUGCUGGCACACUUUCUGUGGCCGAUAUGAAGCUAAAAAUUGCGCAGACAAUGCAAAAUAGCGAAAGUGGACGCAAAAUCAAUCAGGCCGUCAAUACAACCAGUCGGGUUGUAGGAGUUGCACUAUCGCAGGCGAAGGGCACAUUCUCCACCUGGUGGUCAUCUAUUACCACACCACCCACACAGGCUGCUACCGUAGGCAUUGGUGAUGCCGAAACUAGCACAGCAAUAGCGUCUAAAACGUCACAAUUAUUACCAGAACAACCACAAGAAAUAUCGAUAACAUUCCAAAAGAACAUUGAUGAUCCGGAAUGUGUAAAUAUACAUAUAGAGGAUGAGAAGAAACCAAAUACUUUGCAUAGUAACAGCAGCAGUAGUGGUAGUGAGAAGCCAAUUGAUAGUGCUGAAGAACUAGAUGAAGAUGAGGUUGUUUCGGCUGGUAAGAAUACGAGUGGUCAAGGCGAAAGCGAAAUAGAUAUUAGCGCUGAGGAACAUUUAUUGCAACAAGGUAUUGUAGAAAUCGGACGUGAAGCAGAUGUAUUGAAUAAACCCAAAGCGCCACCAUUACCAACGCCAACUUGUGGCACAGAUGUGGCCAAUGAAUCGACGCGUGGUAAUUGUGAUGUUUUCAUUGUAUGAAUUCAGCGAAAAAUGCUAGAUAUUCUAUUUCUUUCAAACUUCUUUGAAAAUUCUUUCUUUAUAAUUUAUAUAAAUGAAUUUAUUAUUAUUCAUUAUUGAACUCGAUUUUUUGUAAUUUAAAGAACAUACGAGAAGUUUGAUAAUGCAUUAAAUUUAAAUUAUAUUUUAAUUUAGUAUUUAUUUAAUUUUGAAAACUAUAAAAGUAUAGCCCA